AGACUUCUUAUUCAUCUCUCUCUCUCUCUCUCUCUCUCUCUCUCUUCAUUCGUAGAUAUAAAAUUUGUGAGGUUCAGUGAGUUGAAUUUUCGGAUUCAGAUCAAGAUGGAGUAUCGAACUUUGGAGAUCAACGUCAUGUCUGCCAAGGAUCUGAAGCAGGGCAAUCUCUUCACCAAGAUGAGCGUCUACGUCGUCGUUUCGAUCUCCGGCAAUCCCGCCACCAGGCAGAAGACCGCCGUGGACAGAGGCGGCAACACCAACCCCACCUGGAACUUCCCCAUGAAGUUCACCGUCGACGAGUCCGCCCUCCGCCAGAACCACCUCACCCUCGUCUUCAACCUCCGCUGCGACCGGAGCCUCGGCGACAAGGACGUCGGUGAAGUCCACGUCCCGGUCAAGGAGCUCGCCGACUCCAUCGACACCGGAAAACUCCAGUUUUUGACUUACCAGGUGAGAAAGCCCUCCGGCAAACCCAAGGGCGAGCUCAGUUUUUCGUACAAGUGGGGCGAGAAAUUCGCCGGAUCGGCGGCCGCUAAGUAUGAUGCACCGUUGACGGCGUAUCCGGGUACUGCGGUGGGGGAUUCAUCGGUAGCAGCUAAGGGCGAUGAGCCGGUGACGGCGUAUCCGGCUACGGCGGCGGCGGGGCCGAGCUCUGGAUACCCACCUCCGCCGCCGCCGCCCUACAAUGCUGGGGCAUAUCCGCCACCGCCACCGCCCUAUAAUGCUGGGGCAUAUCCACCACCGCCACCGCCUACGGGCUACGGGUACCCGCAACCGCCGCCUUAUGGGGGCUAUCCACCGCCGGGGUACGGGUACGCGCCGCAAUCGGGAUAUGGGUACUCGCAGCCAGCACAGCAACCGGCGGCAAAGAAGAAGAACAAGUUUGGGAUGGGGCUGGGGGCUGGGCUGUUGGGAGGAGCAAUUGGUGGGCUGCUGGUGGGCGAUAUGGUAUCUGAUACAGUUUCUGAUGAUUUUGGUGGCGGAUUUGAUGGCGGAUUUUGAUUAUUAUCCUCAUCCUCGUAGUAGAUUAGGUUUGAUUAGUCUUGGGUGCUUUGGAAUGAAUGUAUAAUUAUCUGUUUAACGCUUUGACCUUGUUUAAUUAAUGUGGCUAUCUUUGAUGUUUGCUUAAUUGUGAAGGAAGUUCUUUUUUGGCUGUGUAA